AGUGAAUAUGGGACAGUAUGCGGAUGACACAUAUUUGAUGAUAACAGGCAACGAUGUAUCAGUAAUGCGCGAAAAAAUACAACAGACUCUAGAUCAAUUACAAAUUUGGUUGAAAAAACGUAAUCUUACACUAUCCACUAAUAAAAGUACAGCUAUGAUAUUCACCAAAAAACAUUCACCCAUAAUUCCAUGUUUCAAAAUAAAUAAUGAACCGAUACAAUGGAAACAAGAAAUAAAAUAUUUAGGUGUUACAUUGGACAAAAAUCUAUCGUGGACAAAACAUACAGAAAUAAUGUGUUCAAAAGCCUUAAAGGGAGUAAAUAUUUUGAGGAGUCUAUGUAGAACCUGGUGGGGUGCGCACCCAAAAACACUUUUAAUAAUUUACAAGUCACUUAUCAGACCUUAUCUUGAUUUCGGGUCCAUAAUUUAUGGUGGAUGCUCCAGAAAAAUUCUCAAUAAAUUAGAUACAGUUCAACAUCAAGCUCUAAGAGCGGUGGGUAGUUUUAUGAAAUCAACACCAAUUAAUAUUUUGAUGGCAGAAUGCGGAGAAACAUCAUUGGAAACACGUAGAAAGUCAUUGGCACAAAAAUUUAUAUGUAAAAGCUUUAGAUUUGAAAACAAUACCGUACUGACAGAAAUAGAAAAUAUAGCGUUUUUUAGAGGAUAUUGGAACAACAAGUAUACACCAGCCUUUAUUAAAGCUUAUUAUUUAGUAAAAACCAAAUCUCGCUGGAUAUAUGGAUCAUCACAUCUGCCAUUCUUUGAACUAAAUUAUAUAGAUCACGCACAUAAAGUAAAUUGUCACAUCUCGGAAAUACAAAAAUAUUCCAAGACAGCCCCAGCAGACUUCAAUAAUCUCAAAAAUCAGGAAUAUAUCGGAUACGAUCACAUAUACACAGAUGCGUCAGUAAAUUUGGAAACAAAAUCAGUAGGUAUAGGAAUAUAUUCAGAUUCUCUGAAUAUAGAAUACUCCGCCAAUCUCCCAGGUCAUUGGUCAAUAUUUUCCGCAGAAAUGAUGGCAAUAUGCAAAGCAAUAAACAUAAUAAUAAAGAAAAAACGAAAAUUCUGUGUAAUAUUUUCCGAUUCAUUAAGUGCCAUAACAUGUCUAAGGGAAUGGAAAAUGUCAUCAAAUACAAACAUAAUUUCUAUUAACGUUAAAAAAUAUCUUCACAAAGCUGCAUUAUUAGAUUUAUACAUCGUCUGUGUUUGGAUACCAAGUCAUUCGGGCAUAAUAGGGAACGAACGGGCAGAUAUUCUAGCAAAAAAAGGUGCUUCGGAAAAGAACAAAACUAGCAAAUAUAGGGGAGAUCAAAACGAUGUAAGGAAUAUAUUGCAGAGAAGUUUAGAGAAUCAGUGGAUAAAAGAAUGGAAUGAAGUGGGAGUUUCAAAGGGGAAGACGUACACACAUAUGAGAAACAGAGAUAAAAAGUUCACGCCAAUUCGAAAAUGUUUUUUGUUUGACUCUGAAUUUGACAAAUACAGUGUAUCAACGAUGAUGCGAUUGCGUUCCAAUCAUUGCCUGUCUCCGGAACAUUUAUUUAAAAUAAAAGUAUACGAUAGUCCUAAUUGUCAGUGUGCAGAAUACGGAGAUAUAGUACAUAUACUGUUUAAUUGUCAGCUGAACAGGCCCUGUGUACGUCAAAUAUCCUUUCCAUCCUUGGGAACAAGGGGAGAAAUAGUAAUAUAGUGACUGGGUACAUGACCUCCGGUCGAGCCCAAAUUGCCCUUCCAAUAAGGGUAACCUUGAAAGAAGAAGAAGAAGAAAUAA